ACAACAAAAAUGGGUUCCGAUUGCGGCGUUUGGUUUGGCAAAUAUGUGCUGUGCAUAUUUAAUUUUUUGUUUUUUAUCCUUGGCACGAUAGUUCUGGGCACCGGCAUAUGGCUAGCCGUGGAUAAGUCAUCGCUAAUCGCUCUAUUGAAAAUGGUCGAAAGCGAACACAUCAAUGAAUUUACCCAACCUCAGGUUAUCGAACAAAUGGCGUAUGUCUUAAUCGCCAUCGGUGGCAUCAUGUUUUUAAUGAGUUUCCUGGGCUACUGCGGUGCCAUACGGGAGUCGAGAUGUUUGCUAACAACGUAUGGCGUCUUUAUGAUUUUAUUGUUGAUAGCUGAAAUUGUUGCCGGUGGCUUGGCAGCUUUCUACAAAGAAACGGCCCGCAAUGAAAGCAAAGCUUUCCUACAAUCGACCAUUACCAAAUUCUAUACCAGCUCGGAGCAUACCGAUGCCGUGACCCUGAUGUGGAAUCAAAUGAUGACAACAUUCGGCUGCUGUGGUGUGGUGGACUAUCGUGAUUUCGAACAAUCUCCCUCAUGGUUGACCAGCAAGGGUAAUCGUACCAUUCCAGAGGCUUGCUGCCGAUUGAAGGAUAUCAAAAAUUUGAUACCCGAAGAUGAUUUCUGUGUGACAAAUCCCAGUGAAGCGAAUAGUUUCUUCAAGAAGGGUUGCUACGAAGCUUUCACCGACUGGAUCAUCACUCAUCGUGAAAUUAUUAUUGGCGUGUUGGCGGGUGUGGGCAUUGUCCACCUUGUCACCAUAUUCUUGGCCUUCUGCCUAUGCAAAUCCUUUGCCAAAUAUCAUGGCAUGAGACUGUAA